ACACCGGACCGCCCACUCCCCCCUUUCCCUCUCUCUCUCUCUCGCUCGCGCUCUCUCUGUCUCGUCGUCUAGUCCAGUGUCUCGAAGCCGAGAACAGAGCACCGUAGAGGGGGUCUAACCGGGCUGUCAACCGAGCUCCAACGGCAGUCAUGGCGGCGCCGUUAGCCCACUUCGACGAGGACUGGCAGGACUUUAACGAAUUCCAGCCGGCCUCGGCGUCGGCCGACCAGCUGGACCUGCUGAACUCCAACGUGGGCGAGCCGUCGUCGGGCCUAGACGAUUUCUCCGACCUGGACAACAGUUUCUCCGGCGAGAUCUGCAGCUUCAAAUCGAUGGAGGACCUCGUCCAAGACUUCGACGAGAAGCUGACGGUGUGUUUCCGAAACUACAACGCGGCGACGGAAAACAUCGCGCCCGUUAAACCCAUCACGGAGGACAGCUACCUGAAGGACGACGAGGUGUGGAACGCUCUGACAGAUAAUUAUGGCAACGUGAUGGCGGUGGACUGGAAGACAUCGCACACUCGCUCCCUACACCUGCCCACCCUCAACAUCGUUGAACAUGAGAAGAUGGAUAACCAGUCUCUGGAUCUGUCUGACGACGAGGAGCUCAGGGAGCAGAUGGAUAUGCACUCGAUCAUCGUCUCCAGCAUCAGCGACGAGCCGCUCUACACGGCCGAACAGGUGAUCGAGGAGAUAGAGGAGAUGAUGCAGGAGUCUCCAGACCCGGAGGACGAUAAGAGUCCCUCACAGUCCGACCUGUCCAUGCUGUCUCAAGACCUCCACGCCCUGAAACGCUCCGGCUCCAACACCAGCUACGAGGACCGGCUGCAUCAGCUGUCGGUGUCUGAGCUGACCGAGACGUUGGAGGAAGUGGAGACGGCCAUUCGCCGCUACAGUGAAGAGCUGAUCCGGGCUCUGGCCCUGCGAGAUGAACUGGACUAUGAAAAGGAGGUGAAGAACAGCUUCAUCUCGCUGCUGAUCGACGUGCAGAACCGACAGAAGGAGCACCGCGAGCUGCUGCGGAAGAAGAAGAAGAUCCGAAGUACGACGACAACCAGGCCCAACGGCCACAGGACCACCAGCACGCACAUCCCGGGCACGUACCUAACCACAGUCAUCCCUUACGAAAAGAAAACUGGCUCCCCAGUGUUAGAAGACCUACAGAUCCUCACAAAGAUCCUCCACGCCAUGAGGGACGACAGUGAGAAGGUCCCUGCCCUGCUAACAGACUACAUCCUCAAAGUGCUUUGUCCGACGUAAAGCCAGAGGCGAGCCUUCCUGCUUCCAGAACAGUUCAUCGGACCAUCAGAAGAGGGUUCUGGUAAUUGGGAAGAACCCAGGAAAUGGAUUAACAAUCUAAAUCUUCCUUUCUCAACUCCUUUUUCACUACGACGACUUUCUUUCCUUGUGGCAUUUAUUUUUUCGUUCUACUCUGCCACUGUUUUGUUUUGUCCUACAAUUUUAACUCUAGAUAUAACUCCUUUGAUCUUUCUAGUUCUUUUCACAUGUGAUAUUUUAUCCUUUUAAUGCCCGAGCGCUACAACCCUGUAUACCCUGACUGCAUGAUGACUUGUGUAUGAAUGCCAGUAAUCAGUAUUAGUCUGAGCAUGUCACUUCUCGAUGGAGAAGGGUCAGGUGUAUUUUAAUUCCACGAGCUUCAUCAGCAGACCUGUGCAAGGGAAAUGCAGUUUUGUAAAUCUAAUGUAUUUGCAUCGGCAUCGUUCAUGCCUGACGGCGAAAAACAAAUCCAGAAUCUCUGGAGUGGUUGGCCGGUCUUGAGCAUGAAUCCUGUUUUUGUUUUUUUUGCUUUUGCUUUUAACGGCAUUUAUGAUUUAUGUCUCGGGGGUUAAAAAUUAUUUUUCGAAAUUUAAAAUCCAAAUUCGUAGGAUAAACCCGUCUUUUUUUUGCAUGUUGGUUUGGGUUGAAUGUUAAAAUGAAAUAUUUUGUAUACGAUAAAAAAAAAUUGCACAGUUUUGGAAAACUUUUAACUUUUUGAAAAAGGGAAGAAAAAAAAAAAAGUGAACAAACUUAAAAGCUGGAUGAACAAACAUGUAAAGCAUAUUUUUGGAGAGAGAAUUGUUUUUAGUGAGAUUAGGGACUUGCCAGUAGCCACCUUUUUGUGACCACAUGGCAACAUCAUGUAGUAAAUGCUGCCCAUUGACCUCUGAGCCCUCAAGUAGUGACCGCCGCCCCCAACAACUUUAUCACCUCCCACGAGUCGUCAUUACACGAGUCUGAGAAUACCUCGUGAAACUUUAUUUUUUGCUUGAAAAUGAGUGACUUCGUCGCGUCAUUAAGAUAAAUAUUGUGGUUUAGGAUAAUGUUAGCUUUAAUAAAUGUGUAGUUAAGCUUCUGUUAUAAGUUGUGGGUUUUCUCUAUCCAUGAACCCUUUAACUGUUGUGGAAAUCUCGUAGCAGCACUUUAGUCUGUCAGUGAUCCGGUCGCGGAAUAUAUGGUGGAUGUACUUCAGAGUGCGUCUCACUAGAUUAGCGUUAGAUGAGGCUUCGCCGCUUUAGCUAGCGCUGCCAAAACGUGUCAACAUGAAGGAUCGUUGUCCUUCAUCCAUCUAUCUACCUUAUUAGUCAUCAUGAGCAUGAUCAUUUCAACCUUAAAGGGGGGUACUCCACCGAGCCUUUGUUACAAACACAGGGAGUGGAGUUUAAAAGAUGUGAGAAUCGAAUGAGAAUACACUAUUGAUAUGCAUUAUAUGGGGAAUCGUAGUGUUUUUUUUUUUUUUUUGUAGCUCGAAACUAAAAGUCCAAAAUAUCUCCGGCUCUCUGUAUAACGCGUCUCAUGCAAGUCUCCCGACAUCUUGGCUGGUGCAACACCAAGUCACUGAUGCACCCCCGACCCGACCCCCCCCACCCCCUUUUUAGAACCUCGUACCGCCAAUCUAGCGCCGCAUGUCUGUCGGCCCACUGACGUUCAGAUCACCAGCUACGACCCCGUCAGGUCUCGCCUCGCUCUCAGGUACGACACAUCAGUGUUGGCAGUUUACAUCUGGUUCUGAACGAUACCGACAUUCCUGAGUCUCUCUAUGUUUCUGGCAAUAACGUUAUUAGCUAGACUUUCAACUUUUGCUGCACUUUUUUUUUUACGAGCCAGUGGAGGUGAUCAUAGAAGCCUCUAGACCAGGGUAGCAUUACAGAUAAGAGGUCCGAGACGCCGCUUCGUAGUAGUCGGUGUAGCUGGAAAUGAAACGGGACAGUAGCAUCCGUUUGGAGUUUAGCAGUCUAGUGGCGAUGAACAAGGAAUUUUAUUUUUGACUGGUUUAAAACAUUGUCGUGCAUGUGGCCAGGAGGAGGCGGGCAGGAGGAAGUCGACGAAGGGGUGUGAUAAAGUUAAUGGACGUUGGGGAAGAUCGCACAAAACGGUUGCUUGAAUUUGAGGGUUCCAUUGUUAUUCUUUUUGUCAAAAGAAGACGAAAAAGCGUGUCGUGCUAUAUUUAACUAUUUAAUACGCAUCUGUCGUAUCUACUAUUCACAAUCUAAGCAUUAAUUUGUUUUUGUUUACAGACAUUGAUAUCACACUAGAGGGACAGGGUGCGUGUUGCAGGUGGAAUGCAGAAAACUCAAAAAGCUGUUUCAUUUAAACUGGUCGGGAGAUAUCGAAAAAGGGCAAAGUUGAACAUCAGAAGUUCUUGACGCGUUUAGAGAAAACAUCCUUCAGUUGAUCCUCGUUUUACAAAAGCUAAGAAGGUCCUUUUUAGUUUUAUAUUCGAAAUGGCAGUCGUGGAUCCCGUCUCGGGCCAGAACCCCCUCAUCUGGUCUCUAGUUAUCAGACAUAACGGUGUAACUGCAAUUUAGAGAUUUAUAUUUAUAUAUGUACAACGAAACAAGCAACCGAAAAAAGAGGCUGCCUUUGUAAAUGCCUGAAGAUUUUGUACAUUAAACCGACUCGUUUUGUUUUUACAUGCAAUAUAAUGUGGUACUGCAGUAUAUUAAUUUAUUAUGUAAAUGUUCCAUUUUUGUAACCAUAUUAUGGACUGUAAUGGUACAUGUGUUUCUUAUGCCCACAAUGCAUUGCAACUCAUUUCAAAUAAAUGAAAUAUGUGAAGAAU